CGAACCCAGGGCCUUGCGCUUCCUAGGUAAGCGCUCUACCAUUGAGCUAAAUCCCCAGCCCCCCUAGAUUUCUUUUUAUAGUGGGUGGUGGUGAUCUUGUUUGUAAUAUUGUAGGGUUUUUGUUUGUUUUUCCUUCCCAGAACUACAAUUAGACUGUUGCUGUUGCUGCUGCUGCUGCUGCUUUUAUAGGCAAGGUCUUAAAACUAACUAGCUCAGGCUAGCCUGGAAUUCAACUACCUUCCUAAUUUCCCUCCAGUGCUAGGUUGUUGAGAUUAACAAGUGCUUUUUCUAAAAAAAUGUGUGUAUAGGUGUUUUCCUUUGUGUACCUAAUGUGCAGCCUGGUACCUGCUGAAGUUUGAGAGGGCUGUUGGAUCCCCUAGAAUUUACCUCCCCUGGAGGUUACAGAUAGUUGUGACCAACAUGUUGGUGCUGGGAAUUGAAGCUGGGUUCUCAAGUAAGUGUUCUUAACCACUGAGCCAACUCUCCAGCCACACUUUUUCUUUAAGAUGGGGUUUCUAAAAUCUCAACUACAGUUUCACCCUCCCUCCUGCUGCCUCCCCCAUUUACUCCUCCAUUUCUCUUCAGAAGACAGGUCUCUCAUGGAUAUCAACAGCCAUGGCAUACUAAGUUACAGUAAGACUAGGCUCUUUUCAUUAAGGCCAGACGAGGCAACACAGGGUGAAAGGGUCCGAAAGGCAGAUCAGAGUCAGACAGCCCCUGCUCCCAGUUAGAAGUCCCACAGGAAGACCAAGCUACACAACAAUAGCAUGUGUGAACCAGUGUCAAGCAGGCUCCUUGUUUAGCAGCUCCAUCUCUGAGCCCCUGUGGGCCCAGUUGACUGCAUUUUCUCAGUCCCUCCCCGUCUUCUGCAGGAUUCUCCAUGCUACACCUAAUUUUCGACUGGGUCUGUGCCUCAUUUUCCAUCAGUUGCUGUGUGAAGCCUCUCUGACAAUUGGGCUAGGCACCAGAUUAUGAGUAUAGCAGAAUGUCAUUGUCAUUAGUCAUUUCAUUGCCUCCCCCAACCUCUAUUCCUGUUUGGUUCUAUCCUAUGUUUCUGGGCUAUCCAGCCUCUGGUGCCUGGCCUUUUGGGCCCAUCCCUCUCAUGACAUGGGUCUCAAGCUGGACCAGUCAGUCAUUGGUUGGCCACUCCCACAAUUUCUGCACCACCUUUACUCCAGUAUAUCCUGUAGGCAGAACAAAUAGGUAGAAGGUUUUGUGGCUGGGUUGGUGUCAUAAUCCCUCCACUUGAAGUCUUACCUGGUUCCAGACUCAUAUCCAUUGCUAGGAGUCUUAAAGGGUGGCUUGCCCUCAUAGGUUCCUGGGUUGUAAAAUCUUUCCCUGACCUGGAGGUUUUUCUCUACCAUUGUCUUAAAGAAGGUUGAAUGGGAAGGAUGCAAAGAUGUGGAAAUAAGAGCUAAGCCACCUGAGGGGAGAGAUACAGAUAAUAGGGUACUAUAUUUAUUUUACCUAUAUGAAUGUCAGCCUGAUAGUGCAUGCCUGGUGCACAUGGAAGCCAGAAGAGAGAAUCAGGUCCCUGAAUGUGGAGUUAGAGACAGCUGUGAGCAACCCUUUACAUGCUAAGAAUUGAACCCAGUCCAUGGCAAGAGCAAUAAGCACUCAACCACCAAGCUAGUAAUCCUACACUAAAGUCAGUCUCAACGUGUAGCUCCUGCCAGGUGGAAUGGAAAAUGGUUUUAAAAUUUAAGCAGUCUCCUGCCUCUGCCUCCUAAAUGUUGGAUUUAGAGGUAUGUGCCAGCCAUCACCUAGCAAAAUGUAGGCAUCUGGCAUGUAAAUCCUAACUUGGCCAGAGAUAGCAGCCUCCCUCCCUUAGGAUUCGUGGCCAGUGACAGCAACUCCCAGGUACCUCCUGUGUAGCUAAAUUCAGGAUCGGCCCAGACUGGAGCCCUGACAGCUCAUCUAGAGCAAGACAAGAAAUCAGGGUUUCCCCAGACAUUCGUUCACACCUUCGACCUGAGUUCUGGGUUAUAGCAGGUUCAGGAAAGCUGCUACCCACAUGGCAGUUAAUUUUUUAGAGAUAUGGAUGCCUAACACAUGAUUUCUCCAACCAGACACUGGACAAGAAUAUUUCAGGAAGCGUCUUGGGGCAUAACCCCAGAAGUGACCUGUAAGUUGGCAGCGGCUAAAUGAGUGAGAGUUGGGCUUCUAAGGGAUGGAGUUGGCUGAGUUACUGCAGUGCCCCGCACUACUACAGCAGGGCCAGGUUUCCUCCAACAAAGUAAAGCAGAGCCUAAAGAUCACUCCCAUUCAGACACUGCAGCCCCUGAGAAAUUGGCAUCUCUGACAUAUUUCCAGUUGUCCAGACCGUCCUUCACCAAUGCUGACCUGAAAGGUGUGCGGGAGCCUGCAGAUGUGGUAGCCUGUGAAAUUUGUUCGCUUAAUUCUCCCCCUUGACUUUACAUCCUCUAUUCGGGAGGAGGUUGUCCAGCGGCAUUUCAUCACACCCGCUUUUUCCUAGGACAAAUAGUCUAGGACAGGCUUCUACUGUUCUGGACUUUUCAGCACCCGAGGGGGUUGGGGGCGGGAGGUGUGUGUGCCUUGGCGGCAUCCUACAGCGCCACCCGGCUUUCGCAAGGCCCCACCCCUUGCUGCUGAGAAUUUAAAGCAGAAUGUGCUUCUGGGGGCGUGCUUAAGAGCUGGAGACCGUCCCAGAAGGGAUGAGCUGCCGGAAACGCGCCCACGAUCUCACUUCGCGUCCUGAAAUUCCGCUUCAAGGCUGGCUCCGGCUGGUUGGUCUUCCUGCCGUGGUUUGUCCCUCGCGAAGCCCCGUUGCUCGCCCAGGAGGCGUGACUUGGGGCUGGAAGCAGGCGGGCUGAGGCGCCUUGGGCCCGGGCUGCCGCUGUCAUGGACGCCUGGGUCCGCUUUAGUGCUCAGAGCCAAGCCCGGGAGCGGCUCUGUAGGUGCGGCGGAGGGAGGAGCGCGGGCGGGAGGGCAGAGUAGGUUUCCGCGAGGCGACGGGCGCGCUACGGGGUCCCUAAGGGUCAGCUGUGGCUACGGGGGCCCGCGUGGCCCGGGAGGCACACUCCGCAGCCGCAGCCGGUUGUGAGAUGAUUCUUCCCUGCUCAAGGGAAAGAUGGGGAAACUGAGGGCCGCCCAAUAUGCCUGUUCCCUUCUCGGCCAUGCUUUGCAGAGACAUGGGGCUAGUCCUGAGUUACAGAAACAGAUUCGACAACUGGAGGGUCAUCUGAGCCUCGGACGAAAGUUGCUCCGCCUGGGGAACUCAGCAGACGCCCUGGAGUCAGCCAAAAGAGCUGUGCACCUGUCAGAUGUCGUUCUGAGAUUCUGCAUCACUGUUAGUCACCUCAACAGAGCCUUGUACUUUGCCUGUGACAAUGUUCUGUGGGCUGGGAAGUCUGGACUAGCUCCCCGUGUAGACCAGGAGAAGUGGGCACAGCGUUCCUUCAGGUUCAGCACCAUGGUGCCCCAAGAUAUCUGCUCGUUCUUGGUGGAAACAUCCCAACUCCUCGGCGGCCCAGUGUCUCCUGCCGCCUCACACUUCGCUACACUCAGAGCGUCACAUAAAGGAACACACAACACAGUAACCUUUGACCCAAUUGGUACUAUCUCUUCUCCCUCAUCAUGAACCUGAGCCGGGAUGCUUAUGAGAUUCGCCUGUUGAUGGAACAAGAGACUUCAGCUCACAGCAGGCGAAUGAAGAUUUCUGGAGUAGGAGUCUCAGGAUUAGAGACUGGGGGACCUGGAGGACCAGGGACUCCAGGAGGAUGUCUGCCACAACUGGCUUUGAAAUUUCGGCUCCGAAUCCUGCUACUGGCACGUGUCCUUCGAGAUCACCCCCCUCUUCUGCUGGAUGUGCUGAGAAAUGCCUGUGACCUCUUCAUCCCACUGGACAAACUAGGCCUCUGGCGUUGUGGCCCUGGGAUUGUGGGGCUGUGUGGCCUCAUAUCCUCCGUUCUGUCUAUUCUCACCCUAAUCUGUCCCUGGCUACGACUCAAGCCCUGACAGUGUGGUAUGAGAUAAGGAGGGAACCCAAAUUGAUGAGAUGGGAGCUGAGCCUGUCCCCCGUGUGCCAGCCUCGUUCCAAUGAACUCCUUGUCUGAAGUUAAAA